AACAGCUGCGGUCGCACCGCCGUCGACUGGAGCAGAAACUCAACAGCUAGAAGCGAAAACUCCCCAGUCAUUGAGAAGAUAGUGAGGUGUUUUUGUUGUUCAAUCUUCAUCUAAAGAAAAACAAAAAAAAACAAUGAACGACGAAGAAAUCCAGGAGGCGUUCGACCUGGCCUGCCAGCUGACCCGCCAGUGCGGUCCCAUCGUCCUCGACGGAUUCCGGAACGCGUCCAAAGCGGUGGAAUGCAAGGGCAACCACUGGGACGUGGUCACCGAGUACGACCGGCGCGUUGAGCAAGUCCUCAUCGGAGGGCUUUCGCGGCGCUUCCCGGACCAUCGGAUGCUCGGCGAGGAAAGUACGACGGAAGCGGCCUCGAAGGAACCGCUGGACGGGCGGCCAACGUGGAUCAUCGAUCCGAUCGACGGGACGAACAACUUUGUGCGCGGGGUGAAGUACAUUGCGAUUUCCGUGGCGCUGGUCGUGGACGGGCGGUUGACCGUCGGGAUUGUGUCGAAUCCGUGCCUGGACGAGUUUUAUACGGCCGUGAGGGGGCAGGGCGCACGGUUGAACGGGGAGCCGAUACGGACCAGCGGGGUGGAGGAGCUGAAACGCGCCCUCGUCGGCCACGAGUUCUCGAUCGCGAGCCAUGCCGGCGCCCGGCCGCACAUCUUUGGCCGCGGCGUGGAGUUCAUCAAGGAGUGCACGGGGCUGAGGGCGUUCGGUUCGGCGGCGCUCACGUUGGCGUACGUGGCCAGCGGAAACAUUGACUGUUACAGCAUCGAAAUGCUCAAACCGUGGGACAUUGCGGCGGGGGCGUUGCUCAUCCGGGAGGCGGGUGGAGUUGUGACCGGGAUUGACGGUGGGGAGUACGACAUUCUGAGACCGGACAUUGUGGCGGCGAGCAGCGAGAAGCUGGGCCAGCGGGUGGUGGAGAUUGUGCGGAAGGUGAAGGAGGACGUUGAGGGGAAGCAAUAGAGAGGGGGGGUUGGUGUUGAGAAGCAA